AUGAGCCACGACCAAGCUGUCAAGGAGGCUUCGGCCAAACACACCACUCCCGCUGAGCUGGUGGGCAAGUUCCAGUAUGGUACCGCUGGUUUCCGUAUGAAGGCCAACAUCCUCGACUCGGUCGUCUACCGUGUUGGACUCCUGGCCUCGUUGCGCUCGCGCAAGCUCAAUGGCCAGACCAUUGGUGUCAUGAUCACCGCCAGUCACAACCCUCCCGAGGACAACGGCGUCAAGCUUGUCGAUCCUAUGGGUGAGAUGCUCGAGGCUUCAUGGGAGAAGUAUGCCACUCAACUCGCCAACGCCGACUCCGACGACCACCUCGUCCAGGUCUACAACGACCUCGUCAAGACACUCAAGGUCAACCUAGAUGCCCCUGCCAGAGUUAUCUUUGCUCGUGACACUCGCGCCUCGGGUUCCCGCCUGGUUGGAUGCCUGAACGAUGCCCUGACUGCCACCAACGCUGAAGUCACCGACUACAAGAUUCUCACUACCCCUCAACUCCACUACCUUGUCCGCUGCGUCAACACAAAGGGCACCCAGGAUGAGUAUGGCGAGGUCAGCGAAAAGGGCUACUACGAGAAGUUGGCUGCUGCUUUCAAGCAAGCUAUGGAACACACAAAGCCCCAGGGUCACUUGACUGUCGACUGUGCAAACGGUGUUGGAGGUCCUAAGCUGCGCGAGCUGCUCAAAUACCUUCCAUCUCCUGAUACCGAUGGUGGUCUCGAUGUCAAGGUCGUCAACGAUGACGUCCACAAGCCCGAAAGCUUGAACCACCAGUGUGGUGCCGAUUUUGUCAAGACUAACCAGCGCGCACCUCCCUCAUCCAAGGCUGGUCCUGGAGAUCGCUGCUGUUCGCUGGACGGUGAUGCUGACCGUAUCGUCUUCUAUUUCCAAGAUGAGAAGAACGUCUUCAGACUCCUGGACGGUGACCGUAUUGCUACUCUUGCUGCUUCUUUCAUCGCCGAACUCGCCCGUCAAUCCGGUCUGAUGGAGAAGCUUACUGUUGGUGUUGUGCAGACCGCAUAUGCUAACGGAGCCUCGACGACAUACAUCCAGAAGAACUUGGGUCUGCAGAUCGUCUGCACUCCUACUGGUGUUAAGCACUUGCAUCACGCUGCUACUCGCUUCGAUGUCGGUGUUUACUUUGAGGCUAACGGACACGGCACUGUCGUUUUCUCUCCCUCCGCUCUCAAGGCUAUCCACACACACCAGCCUCAAUCACCUGCUCAGGCUGACGCUCUUACGACAUUGAUGGCAUUGACCGAUCUGAUCAACCAGACCGUCGGUGAUGCGCUCUCGGAUCUUCUGCUCGUCGAGGUCAUUCUCGCACACAAGGGCUUCAGCUGUGCCGAGUGGCUGCAGACCUACACCGACCUUCCCAACCGUCUCGUCCGUGUUGAAGUCGCCGAUCGCAACCAGUUCACCACCGUCGAGGGCACCGCUGAGCGUCAACUCGCAACACCCGCUGGUGCACAGAAGGACAUCGAGAAGGUUGUGGCCAAGUACAAGGACGGCAGGAGUUUCGCACGUGCUUCCGGUACCGAAGAUGCUGUUCGCGUGUACGCUGAGGCUAGCACGCGUGCCGAAGCAGAAGACCUCGCUGCUGCUGUUGCACAAAUUGUGAGAAAGUACGGUGCCAAAUAG